AUGGUGCGUUCCAGCUCUCGUCGUGGACGUCCACGGCCCUCUAAAUAUCACGCGCAGGACGCCGGCGCACUGCGAGCUGUGAGCGGCCAGACCGGCACGCUGGUGCUGGACAUCCAGGGCCAAGUGCUGUCCGCCACGGGCGAGCUGCGCGGCACCUCCGGCGAGAUCGCGGCCGAGACCAUCUACUCCAUGCUGCAGGACUCGGGCAGCGUGCUGGAUGCCAGCCAGAAGGAGGAGCUGCAGCGCAUGACCAUCACGUUCCCGACGUACGACUACGUCGUGACGCUGGAUGCCGAGCAGGUCUACGUCGUCAAGCGCAGCACUGUGCAGGAAUAAAGAGACAAGAGCGAGAAAAUGUAAUGCACGGGAAGGUGAAGCC